AUGGUGAAGGACUGCAUCGACUUUGCUAGAAGAUGUCAAGUUUGUCAAUUUCAUGGCAAUUUCAUCCAUCAACCUCCCGAACCAUUGCACCCAACUGUGGCUUCUUGGCCAUUCGAUGCAUGGGGUUUGGAUAUAGUUGGAUCACUCCCAAAAUCUUCUGGUGGACAUAUCUUCAUUUUGACAGCUACAGAUUAUUUCUCAAAAUGGGCUGAAGCAACUCCACUAGGAGAGGUCAAAAAGGAGAAUGUAGUGGAUUUCAUUCGUUUGCACAUCAUUUAUCGGUAUGGUGUCCCACGUUAUAUUAUCAUCGAUAAUGGUAAAUCUUUUUGUAAUGUGGCAAUGAAUAAACUUUACAAAAAGUUUCAUUUCAAACAAUACAACUCUUCCAUGUACUAUGCUACUGCAAAUGGACUCGCUGAAGCAUUCAACAAGACAUUAUGUAAUCUGUUGAAGAAAAUCGUGGAUAAAUCGAAAAGGGAUUGGCAUGUUCGAAUUGGAGAAGCGCUUUGA